GGUCGGAGGUUGUACUUCCUGUGCGGCAGUAAAGCGCGUGCAGCUCGUUUUGAGAACGUUUUUGUGACGAAAAGAUAUAAAAUAUCUGCAUCCUAACGCAGCAUUAUUAUUUAAUUUGAACACAAUGAGUUUACCUCUGAACCCAAAACCAUUCCUGAACGGCCUCACAGGCAAACCAGUGAUGGUGAAACUGAAGUGGGGUAUGGAGUACAAAGGCUACCUGGUGUCUGUGGAUGGAUACAUGAAUAUGCAGCUGGCGAACACAGAAGAGUAUGUGGAUGGAGCGCUGGCAGGACAUCUGGGUGAAGUGCUGAUCAGGUGUAAUAAUGUUUUGUACAUCAGAGGCGUAGAAGAGGAGGAAGAAGACGGAGAAAUGAGGGAGUGAUGUCGGUGAAGAGGACUCGUCCCGAUGUUCUGUCUGAGUGCGACUGUACCUCGUAGUUGAGUUAAUGUGUGUUUGUGGUUUCACCAUGUGAAACAGAUGAACGCUUGGGGUUUAAGGUUAUUUUUCAAGAAGCUUUGAAAUGAUUCUUUUCUUUUUUUUUUUUUUUACUGUAUGUGAGACCAAGUUUGUUUUGUGAUACAGACAAAAUAAAAUGAUCAUUGUGCCCUUUCUUAAACAGGA